AUGAUUUAUCGUCACACUGGUUUAUUUUCUUCUCAGAGCUGCAGUCCGUAUGUUCCUCACGAGUGUGAUGGAAACUCGUAUCUGAACGGCGUUUGCUACCAGUUCAACAGCAGCUUACAGGCGUCCUCAAACUUUACUGCCGCUUACCAAGAAUGCACCAAGACAGAAGUCAAUCUGGUGUUUCUCUUUGAUGGAUCCAGCAGUAUGAAAGCACAUGAGUUUCAAAUGAACAAAGACUUCAUUAAAGACGUUAUGAAAACACUUUCAAACUCAUCCAUAAAGUUUGCUGCUGUCCAGUUUUCAUCAGACAUACGAACUGUGUUUGAUUUCAACGAUUAUCAGAACGGCUUCGCUGAAGAGAAACUCAAGAACGAGGCGCACAUGAAAUCUCUCACAAACACAUAUCGUGCAAUCAACUACAUUCUAAAUAAUCUGCUGAAUAACGUGUUGUCUGGAGCCAAUCCCAAUGCUGUGAAAGCUCUGGUGAUCAUCACAGAUGGAGAACCCAGUGAUAAUGAUAAUGAAAAUGUCCUCAAAACAUGUGAUGAGCAAAAUAUCCUGCGUUACGUCAUUGGGGUGGGAAAGGUUACGUUAGCCACAGUCACUCACCUGGCAUCAGCACCGAAAGACAACAACACCUUCUACAUUCAACAGUACAGUGGACUCCAGGGACUUCUUGACAACCUGCAAAAAAAGAUCUACAAUAUUGAAGGGUCAAAGGAAGCUCACGGCAGAUACAGACAGAAAGAGUUAUCACAGAGUGGAUUCAGUGUCGUCUCAUCUCAGGAGGACUCUGUGAUCGUGGGUUCGGUUGGAUCUAAUGACUGGCGUGGAGCUCUGUAUGAAGUGACGGGAUCAGGAUCUGAAUUCAGAGAGACAGAGAUCACCGAUCCAGCUGUCAGUAGAGACUCGUACAUGGGUUACUCGACUGUGCUGGGAACAAGAGGCGGCGUCCCUCAUCUGUUCUCUGGGGCGCCACGAGCCGAACACACGGGUCUGGUGACCCUCUUCACCAAGAAUAAAAACACAUGGACCGUGACGAGGAACAUCAAAGGAGAACAAAUUGGCUCAUAUUUCGGAGCGUCUCUGAGUCUGUUGGAUGUGGACUCUGAUGGAGACUCAGAUUUCCUUCUGGUCGGAGCUCCAUUAUUUUACCAGUCUCAGCCGAGGACUGAAGGAAGGCUGUACGUCUACGCUUUCUCAGAGCAGAAUUUUCAGAAAAUGCCGAAUGUGAGCGAAACAACCACAGGCAGAUUUGCUGCAUCUUUGGCUUCACUAAAGGACCUGAAUGGAGACAGUCUGUCAGAUGUGGCGGUUGGGGCGCCGCUGGAGGAUGAAGGAGUCGUCUACAUCUACCUGGGCGACAGGACGCUUGGCAUAAACCCUAAACACGCUCCUCAGCGGAUCCCAGCGCGGUCGGUUCUGUCUGGUCUGCAGCAGUUCGGGGUGUCUCUGUCCGGUCAGAUGGACAUGAACGAUGAUAAUCUGACAGACAUCGUGAUCGGAGCACAAGGAGGGAUCGUCCUGCUCAAGGCUCGGCCUGUGAUGUCUGUGUCUGCACAGCUCAGCUUUAGUCCAAAGGAAAUCAGCUUGAACUACUUUGAAUGUCCGGGUGACAGCGCAUUUAAUGCAUUUAAUCUGUCUUCGUGUUUCACGGUGACCGAGAGGACCAGCAGCACCGGAUCUCUGGAGAAGAAGCUGAAUGUUUCUCUGAACCUGAAUGUGGAUGUGGUGCGAGGAAUGAGUCGAGGAUUCUUUGAUCAGAAGGAUUUGUCGUCCAGGACUCUGCAGCAGUCCGUCCUGCUGGAUCCUGGAUUUUCCUGUUUCAACUUCUCCAUCUUCAUGCUGCGCUACAUUGCAGACACAGUGUCUCCUCUGAAGAUACAAAUUAAUUUCUCACAAUCUGAGAUGUUGUCUGGAAACUCUUUGGCUGUUCUUGACAUCCACAGCAGAACGGAGGAGUAUGUCGAGGUGAGCCUAUUAAAAACAAAGUUUACACAUUAAAAAUUUGUACAUAAU